GCUCCCAGGGCAGAGCCAGGCUUGGGGUGGACACCUGGGGGUGUCUCACUGGUCUCUGUCCCUCAGGCCGGUAUGGCCAGGUUCCAGGCCAUUGAAAGACUCCCCCCAUUUUAAUACAAUAAAUAAAAGCUGAGUGUCACUUUCAAAGGCUCUAAACCAGACUGGCCUUUUGCUGUGUGAGGUCAAAGUAUGUUUUCUCUCUGGAAGAAGAGGGAAGCAAUGGCAGGAUGGGCUCUGGGAUGAUGAGUAGGGGAGCAGAAGCGGCGAGUAUGAAGGACCAAGGGGAAAAAUGAAGGGAUAGCAAAGGGAUGGACACACCACUGCUCCCUGGAUUAUGAUGACUAGGACCUAGUCCACACCUGAAACUUAGGUCAGUUAAGGAUCGGGGGUAGCCGUGUUAGUCUGUAUCCACAAAAACAACAAGGAAUCUGGUGGCACCUUAAAGACUACCUUGCUCAGGGGCAAGUUAAGCCCAUUGACCUACCUACUGCCUCGCAAGGAGGUGGAUUUACUACAGCUAUGGAAAAAUCCCUUCUUCACUGUUGCAAGCAUCUGCACCACAACUUUGUCACACUAAUACGUGCAGUGUGGACAUACAGUAGCAUACUUGGCUAACAAUGGGUAUUAAGCUCUAUUGACCACGUCCACGGUCCACACCUAUGGGACAAACAUUUUCAAUCCAAGUUGAGGGAGGCUAAUAUGUCUGCUUAAUUCCUUUUGUCAAUCAGGUUUCAUUAUUCUAGGACUGGUCUAUGCUUAAAAGUUAGGUCAACAUAGCUUCAUCGGGCAGGGUGUAAAAUCCACAUCCCUGACCGACGUAGCUAUGCCAACCUAACCCCCGGCGUAGACACAACUGUGUCGAUCGAAGAAUGCUUCCAUCAAGGUAGCUUCCAUUGUUCAAGGAGGUGGGGUUCCUAUGCUAACAGGUCAAAACAAACUUUUCCAUCUGUAGGCUGCAUCUACAUUAUGGGUUAUGCCGGGCACAGCUACAGUGAUGUAGCUAUUCCUGUAUAGUCUCAGUAGUGUAGACAUACCCUCGUGUAGAUAAAGUCUGGGGCAACUAGAUCUCUGUAAGAUUUCCAGGGUCAGCCUGGGACUAGCAUUUCUUGCCUGCCAUAUUACACAGAGAGCAGCAUUCCUUCUACUGGGAGAGGCUGGAAGCUUUUAGAAGAGAAUGUGGAAAUUCCUAUAAUUGUAGUUAGCAUGAAUGCAGAGCAGUUACAGGUUGGGUUUUAGAUAUGACCUGUUUCUUAAUAAAUUGUUGGUUUCUGGCAGCUAAUGUGUGGAUGAUGGCUUUGUUUUGAAGUCCCUUCCCACCACUCCUGACCCCCCAAAAAGUUCUGCCAGCCACAGCUGUCUUUCUUUUAAUGCCAUGGUCUUGUUAGCAGGCAGCUUUACUGUGUUUACAUAUGGCUUUAAUUGUAUCAGCAGUUAAUUCCAUUUGUGGCUAUUCCCAUGUUAACAGAGCCCCUUGUUUAAUGAAUUUAUCUCCUGCUGCAGCAGACAUGUCUUUGCUAAGGAGACGGUUGUACCCAUGUUCCAAAUCAAACUUAAGUAACUUGUACAUGGCUGUGCAAGAGUCUCAGGGCAUCACUGAACUGAAUCACUUGAGCUAGUUUCCGCUGUGUUCUCCUGAGCACAUGGUUGUGCUCGCAAAGCAUAUACUUCACAGUCCCAAGGGCACCUCCAUUUGACUCAGGACUAACAUUUGCUUAUUAAAAAGGUUAAUCGGUGGAAAGAAAACAUAUUUAGAGGCGUGCGUGUGUGGGACUUUGCUUCUUGGGAGAUAAACAUUAUUUUCUUUUUAUAGAAAAAUAUUCUUCUGUGAUCGCAUUGUAUGUUUCCAUUCCCACAGUGUUGAUUUGAAAAAUCCUGCAGUGUUUCUAGUAGCCUGUAUAUUAAUUCUAAACACACAUACAGAUAAGGGCUAGUGCAAAUAAAAACAAAGGCAGGAAAAUUCUGAGUUACGGGGAUACAUUAUUAUUAUUUAUUUUAUUAUUAUUCAUUCCAGUGGAAUAUUUUCUUAAACAACUUCCCUGCAAUGUUUGUAGCCUAAAUUUUGAAGCUUUGUCCUCGUGCCAGAAUCUGAUUGUAAAGUUGACUAUAAGACAAAAGUGAAACUAACUAGUCUCUCAGUGCAUGCGAAGAGAAACAAAAAACAAAACAAAAAUAGUGCACAGUGGAAAGAAUUUAAAUGUAAUUAAAACAACUCAUAUAUAUAUAUUUCUAACUUGACCCUCACUUAAGGCUUUCUCUAAUUUUAACCCCUUGUGCUUAAUGAAAUGCCUGAACUAUGAUGCACAAGAGCAUCUGUUAGCUGGAAACCUCUGCUACCUGUUGCCUUCAUGCAAGUUAAGGAUGCAAUUACAGCAAUCACUGAAUUGUUUUACUUCAGUGAGACCCACAGUAUCAUUCUCAAAGAGGUGUUUUUGUGAUUUAUAUUUUUUUUUUAUUAAAAUGACAUUGUUUAGGUCAGCUUGCUAAAUAUCUGACCCACUUCAAAAUUAAUAGCAGUCGGUUCCUAAUUGGUUCUAUUUUGUUUUUUAAAAGGUGGUCAGCAACCUUUUAUCUAAAUUGGGAUUCCUCCCCCUCCAAUCACCUGGCAUCUUCACCUAGCCUUAUCCCUCCACAGCAAAGCCUUCCAGUAUAUUCCUAAAGAGAAUACAUAUAGAUAAUAGGUCUUACACUAUGGAUUUAGCAUUCUUAAAUAUUGCUUUUCACUACUUUGAGGAACAUUUCUGGCCUACUUGGCAAUGUCCUGGCUAUUGAGCAAUGCUUUCUGAGUCCACAGCUUCUAUGUAUGCUAAGGAUAAAGACAAAUCUUCUAUUUCAGUGCUAGCAGUAGGAGCUGCUGGAUAACACAGCUUAGUCUCUGGGGACUGAAAUGCUUUAGUCUAACCCAAGUUAUUGGGCUAUAGGGUAAGUAGGAAGUGUAAUGGCUUGUGAGAUACAGGUCAGACUAGGUGACCCAGUGGUCUCUUCUGGCCUUAAACACUGUGAAGCCGUAAUUCUCCAGGAGUUCUGAGUAUUACAUCCAUAACACUGCCAAUCCUGGAAGUAAAGGAUCAGAUCCUCACUUGGUAAAUAACUGUAAUUCCUCUACACCACUGAAUCAAUCCCUGAAAAUGGGGGCUCCAAAGAAUAACAAACAGGGCCCUGGUUGAAACCUACUAAUAAACUAAUGCACGCUUUCUCUCUCUACGAGCACAAAGCACUUUCCUCCACAGCAGUGGUCUGCUCCCUUCCUUUGAGCAAAUGGUCUACUGAAAUAUACAAAAUCCUUCUGUCUCAAAUGCUCCCAAGGUUGAAGCAGGCAAGCUCAGCAGGGAAGCGAGAGAGUGCUAUGUGCAGGCAGCCGUGAUUCAGAGCAUAAUGAGAUCAAAGCACUUGGAAUAAAUGUGAGUACAAGUUUUACACUAAUUGAAUCUACCUUUGAAAGCCAUGGCCGCUGCCUCGCACCUGAACUCGGAUGCACUUCGGGAAGUUCUGGAGUGCCCCAUUUGCAUGGAGUCCUUUACUGAGGACCAGCUGAGGCCCAAACUCUUACACUGUGGGCACACCAUCUGCAAGCAGUGCUUGGAGAAACUCCUAGCAAACAGCAUCAAUGGGAUACGCUGCCCCUUCUGCAGCAAGAUCACUCGGAUCACAAACUUGGCUCAACUGACCGACAAUCUCACGGUGCUGAAGAUCAUAGACACCACAGGACUGAGUGAAGCUGUGGGCCUUUUCAUGUGCAAAGUUUGCGGGAGAAGGUUACCCAGGCACUUCUGCAAGAGCUGUAAUUUGGUUUUGUGUGACCCGUGCAAGGAAAUGGAACAUCAGCAGCAAGGACAUGGUGUUGUUGCCAUCAAAGAGGCUGCUGAUGAACGGAGGAGGGAAUUUGGGGUAAAGCUUGGCAGACUUCGGGAGCUCAUGGGGGAUCUGCAGAAAAGAAAAGCAUCUCUGGAAGGGGUCUCCAAAGAUGUGCAAUCCAGAUACAAAGCAGUUCUUCAGGAUUACAGCAAGGAAGAGCGCAAGAUCCAGGAAGAACUGGCAAGGUCACGGAAGUUCUUCACAAACUCUUUGUCUGAAGUGGAGAAAGUAAACAACCAGGUAAUGGAGGAACAGGCUUAUCUGCUGAACAUAGCAGAAGUGCAGAUCGUGUCCCGAUGUGACUAUUUCCUUGCCAAGAUUAAGCAGGGAGAUAUAGUUCUCUUGGAGGAGGCAGCAGAUGAGGAAGAGCCAGAACUGACGAACAACCUUCCAAGAGAGCUGACUCUGCAAGAGGUGGAGCUCCUCAAGGUGGGCCAUGUGGGGCCACUGCAGAUUGGGCAGGUGGCGAAGAAACCUCGGACAGUCAACAUGGAGGAAUCUCUGAUGGAGACUGCCGCAUCCUCAUCGGCUACAUUUAGAGAGACUGACGUGGUGCAAGAAGAGACUAGUUUGACACCAAAUUCCUCACCUGCCAAACCAAGGAUGCCUGAAACAGCCACUAGCAUCCAGCAAUGUCACUUCCUCAAGAAGAUGGGCUCCAAAGGCAGCAUGCCAGGGAUGUUCAAUCUUCCUGUCAGCGUACAUGUCACCGUACAGGGAGAGGUGCUUGUGGCAGAUCGUGGCAAUUUCCGAAUCCAGGUAUUUACCCGCAAGGGUUUUCUGAAGGAGAUCCGGCGGAGCCCUAGUGGCAUUGAUAGCUUUGUGCUGAGUUUCCUUGGAGCAGAUCUACCCAAUUUGACUCCCCUAUCUGUCACCAUGAACUGCCAUGGCCUGAUAGGAGUGACUGACAGCUAUGAUAACUCACUAAAGGUGUAUACCAUGGAUGGACACUGCGUUGCAUGUCACAGGAGCCAGCUUAGCAAGCCCUGGGGCAUCACAGCUCUGCCGUCAGGGCAGUUCGUAGUGACCGAUGUGGAAGGAGGAAAGCUCUGGUGUUUCACAGUGGACCGUGGUGUUGGGGUAGUUAAGUACAGUUGCUUAUGUAGUGCUGUGCGCCCAAAGUUUGUCACUUGUGAUUCUGAAGGGACCGUAUACUUCACUCAGGGGCUGGGACUCAACCUGGAGAACCGCCAGCAUGAGCACCACCUCGAGGGGGGCUUUUCAAUUGGCUCUGUAGGUCCAGAUGGGCACUUAGGCCGCCAGAUCAGCCACUUCUUCUCAGAGAAUGAGGAUUUCAGGUGCAUUGCUGGGAUGUGCGUGGAUUCUAGGGGAGACCUGAUUGUUGCAGACAGCAGCCGUAAAGAAAUCCUGCAUUUCCCUAAAGGAGGUGGCUACAAUAUCUUAAUCAGGGAAGGCCUCACCUGCCCUGUUGGCAUCGCCAUUACACCUAAAGGGCAGCUGUUAGUGCUGGACUGUUGGGAUCAUUGCAUUAAGAUCUACAGUUACCAUUUGAGGAGGUAUUCCACACCUUAAAGGUGUGUCGCUGGAUAAAGCUGCUCUUCUCAUAGGUUCUCCCCACUGUAUCAUAAUUUGACAGAAGUUAGUGCUGCACUUUCAGGUAGAUGAUGUCCUAAUCCGAGCUGUGUCACUAUUUUGUGUUUAGAAACAAAAUAGCCUUUUUAUUUGUAUAAUUUUAAAAAACAACCACCACCCCACCACCUCCAUGGAGCAAAGGAUACUUAUGGAGUACUGGUUGUGGGUUAAGUGACUGAUCUCUCCCUACAUCUUACUGCCUUGUGCCGUAGCUCGUACUCCCAGUUUCAACCACUGCAUGCUGCUUUGUGCCAUAAAUAGUAACUGACUCUUCUAUAUGACCUUUCUUUAGAAGACCCGUGAGGCGGUCUUCUUCCCACCACAGUUCUCACAAGGAUCUCAGUAGCAAUUCUUCACAGACAACUAUAGAAAGCUAUUUCUGAUUGCAGCGCUGUAGCUGCAUACGACAACGGAGCCUCCCUAAACUGCACAAAGGUGCAACUUGCAUAAAACUAAAGGGCAGGGCUGUGGUCCUCCCUGUUUCUAGUAAUUAGGAGAUUAUCUUCAUGGUGCCACUGGUGAACCCCACUUGGUCCACCAGUCUCUUCAAUGUGAAGUGGGUACAGUGCAAUCAUGGAAGACCGAGCCAGAGAACUGCCCUCUGAUGGCAAAGUGAAUUUCAUUACAGUUUGAUUAGCAUGAGAACAGUAGAGUGAGAGGGGGGGAAUUGACAGGAGAGCCUAUUUAACAGAAUUAAUUUCAGUCUGUCAGUAUUCACAGUUGUUUUACUAUUAAAUCUGGCGUGGAACCUGUCUUUGAAGGGUAUGUUUGGUAUCUAAAGCUUUGCCAGGGGAGAGAGAAAUUGAAGUAAACAAGAUCAAAUGUGACAAAUGGUAUGUUCAUCUGCACACUUCAAUAUUCUGCAUUCCAGACCAUUGCAUUUACUGAUAGGUUUCCACUAGUCUGCACUUUGUAUGUGAAAGCUACUUGUUCAUGAGAUAGGGAAAAGGGGGGGAGGGGGAGAGGAGGGAAUCUUAUUUUAUUACUUGGAAGCUCUUGCUCUGGUGGUUUGCAUCUUUCUCCAUGCACAGCAAAAAGCUACAUUCCUAGAGACAUUGUCUGGCCCUUUUUUAUGGCUCCAGCGGACACCACGAUGCAUGUUCAUCUCAGCUUUGGGUCAGAUGAAGUACAAAACUGCAGCUGUGUGAGUUAACACCCCCACAGUGUGCCUAUCCUGGCUGAUAAACACAUAUCUCAGUGUGGUGUUGCUCCUCUAAAAUGGUUUAUUGAAGAAAAGAAACAUUUAAAUAGGACACAGUUGUAGAAUGUUAAUCUGCCAAAGAUCAUGGUUACACUGCAGUGUAAUUAUUAUUUGUUACCAUCAACAAUGUAGUUGCAAAUUUGGGGGCACAAUAGACCAUGUAAAAAACUGUCUCUGUAGUUGCUGUCGUGUCCAGCAUUUUCGAACUGUAUUUGCUGUAGUAUCAAAUCUGUGCUACAAUGUGUCUGUAACAGGUGAGUUUUUAAAUUCCCACAAGCUGUCUGUCCCUUCUUAGCUAAGCAGCAGUAAAAAAAAAAGAAAAAAAAAGAAAAAAAGCUUCCUGAGAACAGCUGCUACUGUUUGUGCCCCUCUAGCCAGCUGUGUGACUGUAACAGUGCUUCCAGAUCAAGUGGUGAAAGCAGAACCAUCUUGAUUUGUGGAUUCCCUGAUAUUGCCAAAGAACUGAGGAGGGCCAGUUUAGUCCUAACUACUCCAGACCCAUCUUUGCAGUUGUUUGUACAGUGCCUGGCACAGGGAGUACAAUGCUGAUCAGGGCAAUUGGGUAUUACUGUAUUACGAAGUGAUGACCUAGGAGAAUUUUGGAGAGAAGGGAGCAGGUACAGAGGGAAGCAGGGGAUCUUUAGAGGGGAAGACACUGUGGCUUCUUAAGGGAAUUUAAAAAUUCAGCGUUUACCCUAUGAGCUGUGGUGUGUUGAUUUGCUGUAGAUACAAACAUGAGUUUACACACACAGCUGUCUUCUGGGAAAGUUUGCCUAUGGUGUGUAGCAGCAAUCCGGAAAGUAACUUGCACUCUGGUGUGCAUGUUGUUUGGAUAGAUCUACUUCGUUUGGAUAAUUACUGUGUUGCCACCCAAGCUGUUUUAUAAACAUUACAUUGAUGGUCGUUCCUAUUGUACUGAUCGUUCAUGGUUAAAAAUCUCACCUGUUCCUAAGCUAUUUUCUGCAGGCAGCUUUCAUAGAACUGAAUAAAUGAAGCACUAUUAUCUUUCCUAAUGAGCAUCUACAUCAAACUCGGGAGAGAAUAUUUCCUAGAGGCCAAAUGGAGACAUUAAGUGGACUUAAAACCUGGCCCAUUCUGCUGACCGAGCAGUUGGUUGCCUAGGUUUUUCCUGGUAGCCACAGUUUCAAUUAAGUUCUCCAUCAUCUCUUCCAUCCUGUAAUACAGAUUCCAAGAAAAGGAGACACUAUUCUGUGAUGCAUUUGUAGAGUAAGGUAGAGGGGGGAUUGGGGCCCGUGUGUGUGUUUAGCCUGUAGCUGCUAUACUGUUCUCGUGUUUUUUUUUUUUUUUUCAGGCAGACAGGGGGAAGAGAAGAGGAAUGGUUGUCCCCAGCUAGAGUACAUGCUUCAGCUGGCAAAGCGGAAUUGGCUGUAAAUUAGUUUCUCAGUUCUGCAUCUUUUGCAGUGGUGUUUUGCUUUUUGCCACCGUUGUGCUCAGCUCCAAAGGAGAUGAAAUGGAGUAAUUAAAGAUUAUGAUGAAAUAGUUUAGCUUCUGCUUUUCACCUGGAGAUGGAACAUGUCUGAUAAUAAGUAUGUUUGAUUUUUAAAGAUUGUGUAAUAAAGGGGAAAUUGAUCCAAUUAAAAGUGCAUUACGAA